UGAUAUUUCUAAACUUUUUAAAAACGUCCGACUUCCAUUUAUUGAUGUUUAUGAUGACAUAAAAGCUACAUUGUUGACCAAGUAACAAGAAAGAUGUCUGUUUUGGACCAAUGGGUGGGUGACAAGCUUCACGACAUCCUAGGUAUAUCAGACAAGUACAUCGCUCAAUAUUUGGUUGGCCUGGCUAAACAGUCUAAAAGUGGAGAUGGAUUCGUUGAGAAACUGAAAGAAACCAAUACUAUAGAUGUGGGGCCAAGCAUGGUCAUCUUUGCAAAGGAGCUAUGGGACAAGGUACCAAAGAAGCAGCAAACUGAGCGAGUUGCCAGAGUAAGGGAGAGGGAAGCACUGGCAAUACAGAAGAAAAAUGCCAGUUACACCCUGUUGUCUGAUAGUGGUGGAGAGGACGAAUAUAGCAUUCCUACUAAGAAAAGUAAAAAGGACCGAAGAAAGGCAAAUACAAGGAGAAAGACUACAACAGAUAGUGAUAGUGACAGUGAGCCUGUCAAAAGAAGAAGUAAGAAGAAGACAGCUGAUUCAUCAGAAGAUGAGCUGGACAAGAUGGAACGUGAGAGGAGAGAAGAUCUUGAAGAGCGUGAUGCCUUUGCUAAAAGAAUGCUUGAAAAGGAUAAAGAGAGUACAAGAAAAAUACAGUCUAAAUCAGAUAAAAAGGCCUAUGAAGAGGCAUCCAAGAGGCUCCAACUGGAGGCCCUUGACAGAGAAAAGAUUGUACCAGAGAUAAGGAAGGAAUCUCGUAUGAGCUACUUGAAGAAGCGGCAAAAAGAUAAACUGGAAGAUUUAGAGGCAGAAGUACAAGAUGAAGAAUAUCUGUUUGGAGACUCAAAAUUAACUGCAAGGGAGAAGAAGGAGUUAGAGUACAAACGUAAAGUGCUAAAAUUGGCCAAGGACCACAGAAGGGCAGGAGAUGUUGAGAAAGUUGACAGAUAUUAUAUGCCAAAAGAUGAUGUCAAGCCUCAGGAGGGCUAUGUGGAGGAUUCACUGGAGAAAGGCAUGAACUAUGAGCAGAAGAAAUGGGAGGAAGAACACUUGUCAGCUGCAGUCAUGAAGUUUGGGGCCAAAGAUGCAAAACAGGCUAGAAAGGAGAAGGACUAUGAUUAUGUCAUGGAUGAGGAGAUAGAGUUUGUCCAAGCUGUCACUAUGCCAGGCUCAAAUAAGUCUGCAGAGACAGAGAGCCAACUCAGCGCGAGUGAUCUGAAGAAAAUGUCAAUUGAAGAAACCAGGAAAAGUUUGCCCAUCUACAAGUUCAAGGACGACAUCAUUGCAGCUGUACGGGAUCAUCAGGUCCUCAUUAUAGAGGGCGAGACGGGUAGUGGAAAGACAACGCAGAUACCACAAUAUUUACAUGAAGCAGGGUUUACGAAUGAUAAGAUGAAGAUAGGUUGCACCCAGCCCAGGAGGGUUGCUGCUAUGUCCGUGUCAGCCAGGGUGGCUGAAGAGAUGGGCUACAAACUUGGAAAUGAAGUGGGAUACAGUAUCAGGUUCGAGGAUUGCACAUCUGAGAGGACAAUACUUAAGUAUAUGACUGACGGGAUGUUGUUAAGAGAGUUCUUGGGUGAACCUGAUCUGGCAAGUUAUAGUGUGAUGAUAAUUGAUGAGGCCCAUGAGCGUACACUGCACACAGAUGUUCUGUUUGGAUUGGUUAAAGACAUUGCAAGAUUCAGACCUGAUCUCAAACUACUAAUAUCUAGCGCCACCCUAGAUGCACAGAAAUUCUCAGAGUUCUUUGAUGAUGCUCCAAUAUUCCGUAUUCCCGGACGCAGAUUUCCAGUAGACAUCUAUUAUACGAAGGCCCCAGAGGCGGACUACCUGGAUGCCGCUGUGGUCUCUGUGCUCCAGAUACAUGUGACACAACCCAAGGGAGACAUUCUUGUGUUCCUCACUGGACAGGAAGAGAUAGAGACUGCUAAUGAAAUGUUACUGGAGCGAACUAAGAAGCUGGGGUCUAAGAUCAAGGAAUUAAUGGUUUGCCCAAUCUACUCAAAUUUGCCAUCAGAUCUACAGUCCAGAAUAUUUGACCCCACACCUCCAGGGGCAAGGAAGGUUGUCUUGGCAACAAACAUAGCUGAGACUUCUUUGACUAUAGAUGGCAUUGUGUAUGUCCUAGAUCCUGGCUUCUGCAAACAAAAAUCAUAUAAUGCCCGUACUGGUAUGGAGUCUCUUAUAGUUACCCCAAUAUCUAAGGCUUCAGCCAAUCAGAGAGCAGGACGUGCUGGCCGUGUGUCUGCUGGGAAAUGUUUCCGUCUUUUUACAGCUUGGGCCUACAAGAAUGAACUGGAGGAUAAUACAGUACCUGAGAUUCAAAGGACCAACUUGGGUAAUGUAGUUCUACUUUUGAAGAGUCUUGGUAUUAAUGAUCUCAUUCACUUUGACUUCAUGGACCCUCCACCCCAUGAAACACUCGUCUUGGCCCUGGAGCAACUUUACGCUUUGGGGGCGCUGAACCACAAGGGAGAGCUGACGAAGCUUGGACGCCGCAUGGCUGAGUUCCCAGUUGAUCCCAUGUUAUCAAAAAUGAUUCUGGCCUCAGAAAAAUAUAAGUGCUCUGAUGAGAUCCUGAGUAUAACAGCCAUGUUAUCCGUGAACAAUGCAGUGUUCUACAGGCCAAAGGACAAGGUGGUACAUGCUGACACUGCCAGGACCAACUUCUUUAGACCUGGGGGUGACCAUCUCACACUACUCAACGUAUACACACAAUGGGCAGAGACCAACUAUUCAACACAGUGGUGCUAUGAGAAUUAUAUUCAGCACAGGUCUAUGACAAGAGCUAGAGACAUCAGAGACCAGCUGGAGGGAAUGAUGGAGAGGGUUGAAAUAGAAAUCACAACCAAUGCUGGGGACACUGUAGCUAUACGCAAAGCUGUAACUGCUGGGUUUUUCUACCACACAGCCAAACUAAGCAAGGGAGGCCAAUACAAAACAGUGAAACACCAGCAGACUGUCAUGGUACACCCCAACAGCAGUCUAUUUGAAGAGCUCCCUCGGUGGCUGGUCUAUCAUGAAUUGGUCCUCACGACCAAAGAAUAUAUGAGACAGGUAAUUGAGAUUGAGAGCUCGUGGCUACUAGAGGUGGCGCCACACUACUACAAGUCUAAAGAACUGGACGAUUCCUCACAUAAGAAGAUGCCAAAACAGACUGGCAAAGCAAAGGCCGACAUGCAUAAACACUCUUGA